AUGGGACGUACUGAGAAGAGCCCUGAUGCGGAGAACAUCAUUUUGCCGUCCCUUUGCGCGGGAGCACUCGCGGGAGCCGUUGCAAAAACCGUUAUUGCGCCACUCGAUCGCACAAAAAUCAACUUUCAAGUAUCGAGAACGAAACGCUACUCGUUUAAAGCCGCUUUGCGAUUUGUGAAGAACACUUACAUAAACGAUGGAUUCCUUGCAAUGUUUAGG